AUGGAGCACAUGUACAUAGAGGAGCUAAAGGCAUCGGUGAACCAGCUGAUGGCCAACCUGGAGAGCAUGCCGGUGUCCAAGGGAGGAGAGUUCAAACUGCAGAAGCUGAAGAAAGGACACAACACCUCCAUCAUGGACAUGGGCCAGGAAGACGAGAACACACUGUCUAAGUCCGACGUGGUGCUCUCCUUCACUCUGGAAGUAGGAGCCCUAAUCCUGUCUAACCCUACCCUUAGCCCUGACCAUAACCCUAACCCUAACCAAGUACAAGUCUGAUGUAAUGCUCUCCUUCACUCUGGAGAUACUAACCCUAGCCCUAAUCCUGUCUAGGAAGGAUACGACCUCAGCAUUUUAGCAUUAUGACAGAAUAUCCAAAAAGUGUUACCAUUCACCUGCCUCUGUCGUUAUAAACAGGAUAAGUAAUCAAAAACAUGAUCAGCCUAUUUAUUUACUAUGGCUCUGUGUUCUGUGGCAAGGAAAACACUGUUUAUAUUGAAGUCUGUGGUGGUGGUGGUGAUAAUAUAUCGAUUUUUACCUCAGCUGGCCCUUUGGUAAACUAGAUCUGAUCUGCACUUUCAUGGGUCUAUUGAUUAUUUUAGAACAUGAAUACAUUCCAUGCCAAAGUCCCAGAGUGUGUUUGCUUAUGCUUUAGUUUUCUUCUAUCUUGAUAGAUGUAUAUAAAUCUAGACCAGGGCCCGUAUUCACAUAGCGUCUCCGAGUUGGAGUGCUGAAUGAUCUAGGAUCAGGUCCUCCCUCUUAUUACUUAUGAUUUAAAAUGCAAAACUGAUCCUAGAUCAGCGCUCAUACUCUGAGGCGCUUGUGAAUAUAUACCCAGUGUAGAUUGCAAACAGAUGGCCCUCCAGCCAUAAAGAAAGAGAAUUUAAAAAAUAGAUGAACACAGGAGGAGUCAAAUCACAGAUGUAGUGAAUGUAGUGAAACAAAAUAAUACCUCCAUUUUUUAUUUCAUAGCAAACUUCAUAAUAACUCAUCAUAGUAACUCCGGUUAUGAUGAACGAUCUAAGAGAAUACAGUAUACUCAGAAGAGCUAUUUCUGUUCCCCUAGCUACUUAAGGAGAAGGAAGUGUAAUUCUAGCAUGGGCAGCUUAACACCACUCCCUCCCCAGCCUGGUCUCAUAGACUAGAUGUAACAUGGUAAAUGUAAAUCCUGGACCCUCAAAUUAGUAUGAUAUGUUACGUUUGGUAUGUUACAUAAGACAGAAGGUUGCUUAAGGCAAAAAUGAAAGUAGGGUGGUUGGUCGGGGUGGAUGGGUAGCUGUAUAAUGUGAACGUCUAACAACCCAAAGGUUGCGUGUUCAAAUCUCAUCACCUAGCCACCUAGCUCACGUUAGCCACAACAAAUUGCAAUUGCAAACAUCCACAAAUUAAUACAUACCAUACGAAACGUAACAUAUCAUAAUAAUUGGAGUAUCUCGGUGUCGUGUUUUGUAUGCCUUGUACAAAAUAAUAAAAUGCAGGACGACAGGAUAUUUAUAAACGUAGCUCUUUAUUAACUAGCUAUAACUGGCAUGUUCAUGUGUCUCUGGCCAGGAUCAUCUUUAGAAUGACCUCACCACCUGGGUGGUCUUAACCAAUCAUAGCACAGUAUGAUAUGACAGUAGAAUGCAUCCAAUUACAAUUCAGUAUGCUGACACAUAUGAAUAUUACACUCGGAUUUACAUUUACUAUGUUACGUCUACCCCUGAGUCCAGGUUGCCCUCCCAGCAGUUGAUUGUGGUGUAGAGCAGAGAAGAUGCAGUGAUUAUGGUGCUAGAACUGAAACUACUGCUUUAUAAAUUGGAGAGGCUGGCCAGAUUUGUAGCUUCUGUCAUGGAAUUUAGUGAUGGGUUUUUUAAUUAUCAUGCGUUUUACUUUGCUUGAGUAGGCCUCAGUGUUAGCAUAUUUUUCUCAGUCGGUGUGUAGUGCACCUUAAUUGGGAAGGACGGGCUUGUGGUAAUGGCUGGAGCGGAGUCAGUGGAAUGGUAUCAAAUACAUCAAACUCAUGGUUUCAAAGUGUUUAAUGCCAUUCCGUUCGCUCCGUUCCAGCCAUUAUUAUGAGCCGUCCUCUCCUCAGCAGCCUCCAUUGGUGUAGGGUAGUUUAAGAUAUACUAUAAAUGUUUUUGACCAAUAGAGCUUAGGGCGAUAAUGAGUUUUAGAGUAAUGAUUGUUAAUGGGUUUUUAUGAGGUUAUGCUGUAUGCAUUUACCUAUGUGGGUUUCUGCCUUGGAUCAACAAGGUCAAGGUGACUGUUGUAGUUGUGUAAAGGGCACCAUAGACAUUUACGGGUCAUGGUUCAUGGCUUUACAGGGUGAGUGCUGGGGCCCGUUCAGGAAUGUGCAAUGUAACAGCACGCUCAGAUAUAAAUAUAUUGUCUAGACCAGAUACAGUAUGGUUGUCUUUCAUGUACAGUCGUGGUCAAAAGUUUUGAGAAUGACACAAAUACUAAUUUUCACAAAGUCUGCUGCCUCAGUUUUGAUGAAGGCAAUUUGCAUAUACUCCAGAAUGUCAUGAAGAGUGAUCAGAUGAAUUGCAAUUAAUUGCAAAGUCCCUCUUUGCCAUGAAAAUGAACUUAAUCCCCCAAAAACAUUUCCACUGCAUUUCAGCCCUGCCACAAAAUUACCAGCUGCCAUCAUGUCAGUGAUUCUCUCGUUAACACAGGUGAGCGUGUUGAUGAGGACAAGGCUGGAGAUCACUCGGUCAUGCUGAUUGAGUUAGAAUAACAGACUGGAAGCUUUAAAAGGAGGGUGGUGCUUGGAAUCAUUGUUCUUCCUCUGUUAACCAUGGUUACCUGCAAGGAAACACGUGCCGUCAUCAUUGCUUUGCACAAAAAGGGCUUCACAGGCAAGGAUAUUGCUGCUAGUAAGAUUGCACCUAAAUCAACCAUUUAUCGGAUCAUCAAGAACUUCAAGGAGAGAGGUUCAAUUGUUGUGAAGAAGGCGUCAGGGCACCCAAGAAAGUCCAGCAAGCACUUGGACCGUCUCCUAAAGUUGAUUCAGCUGCGGGAUCAGGGCACCACCAGUGCAGAGCUUGCUCAGGAAUGGCAGCAGGCAGGUGUAAGUGCAUCUGCACGUACAGUGAGGCGAAGACUUUUGGAGGAUGGCCUGGUGUCAAGAAGGGCAGCAAAAAAGCCACUUCUCUCCAGGAAAAACAUCAGGGACAGACUGAUAUUCUGCAAAAGGUACAGGGUCAUUUUCUCUGAUGAAUCCACUUUCCGAUUGUUUGGAGCAUCUGGAAAACACCUUGUCCGGAGAAGACAAGGUGAGCGCUACCAUCAGUCCUGUGUCAUGCCAACAAUAAAGCAUCCUGAGACCAUUCAUGUGUGGGGUUGCGUCUCAGCCAAGGGAGUGGGCUCACUCACAAUUUUGCCUAAGAACACAGCCAUGAAUAAAGAAUGGUACCAACACAUCCUUCGAGAGCAACUUCUCCCAACCAUCCAAGAACAGUUUGGUGACGACCAAUGCCUUUUCCAGCAUGAUGGAGCACCUUGCCAUAAGGCAUAGUGAUAACGAAGUGGCUCGGGGAACAAAACAUCGAAAUGUUGGGUCCAUGGCCAGGAAACGCCCCAGACCUCAAUCCCAUUGAGAACUUGUGGUCGAUCCUCAAGAGGCGGGUUGACAAACAAAAACCCACAAAUUCUGACAAACUCCAAGCAUUGAUUAUGCAAGAAUGUGCUGCCAUCAGUCAGGAUGUGGCCCAGAAGUUAAUUGACAGCAUGCCAGGGCGGAUUGCAGUCUUGAAAAAGAAGGAUCAACACUGCAAAUAUUUACUCUUUGCAUAAACAUAAUGUAAUUGUCAAUAAAAGCCUUUGACACUUAUGGAAUGCUUGUAAUUAUACUUCAGUAUACCAUAGUAACAUCUGACAAAAAUAUCUCAUAAGACUGAAGCAGCGAACUUUGUGAAGACCAAUACUUGUGUCAUUCUCAAAACUUUUGACCACGACUGUAGCAUAGAGAGUUAUGUCAGCUCUAUAUUGAAUACAUUUCUGCUACAUUGUGAACCUUACCGAAUACACCUGUGGUUUCACAACAUGCUGUGUGUGUGCCCUCCAGGUGGUGAUCAUGGAGGUGGUGGGCCUGAAGUCUCUGGCUCCUAACAGGAUCGUAUACUGCACCAUGGAGGUGGAGGGAGGGGAGAAACUGCAGACAGACCAGGCCGAGGCCUCCAAGCCAACGUAAGACCCCACUAUCUCUCUGUCUCUGUCUCUCUCUGACGCUCUCGCUCUCGCUCUCUCUCUGUCUCUACCUCUCCCCCUCUCUCUUUCUCUCUGCCUCUCUCACCUCAACCCUUAACCUGGCUGUGCUCAACAUCCACUUACUUAUGUAUUCUCUUGGGAUCUGAAUGCAGGCACCUUCAAGGUGUGA